AUGUCCGCUGCCUUGGAAACGCCGUGCACCGGCGCGCGCGCAGCCACAGAGCCCACGGGGGGCCUCGCAGCGCGGGAAGGGGCUGCUCCGGGAUACGAUGUUGUGCACCGGAAGGUUGGGAGGCCUAGCAGCCAGGGCGUCGGCUCGGCCGCCGGGGCGAGCGCGCCUGGGAGGCCUGAGAGCCGAGCUCCGGGCCCGAAGGGUCAGCACCGGUUGGUCUCCGGUGGGUGCCGCAUUCAACGUGAAGCCCCAGGGCUUCCGCCUGGACCUGUUUGGCGAGCGCCGGGGUCUUUUUGGAGUUCCUGAGCUCAGUGCCCCAGAAGGAUUUCGUGUUGCACAAGAAAACGCCUUGAAAAAGACAGAUUUGCUGGUGGCCCGUGUGUGUUCUGCUCCGCCUGGGCCACAGACCGUGCUCAUCUUUGACGAGCUUUCUGAUGCUUUGUGCAGAGUGGCCGACUUGGCUGAUUUUGUGAAAAUUGCUCACCCUGAGCCAGCAUUCAGAGAGGCGGCAGAAGAAGCUUGUAGAAGUAUUGGCACCAUGGUAGAAAAGUUGAACACAAAUGUGGAAUUAUAUCAAAGUCUGCAAAAUUUACUAGCUGAUAAAAAAAUUAUGGAUUCCCUUGAUCCAGAAACCAGGCGAGUGGCUGAACUGUUUAUGUUUGAUUUUGAAAUCAGUGGAAUCCAUCUAGACAAAGAAAAGCGUAAAAGAGCAGUGGACCUGAAUGUUAAAAUUUUGGAUUUGAGUAGUACCUUUCUUAUGGGAACCAACUUUCCCAACAAGAUUGAGAAGCACCUCUUACCAGAACACAUUCACCAGAACUUUGUACUUGCUGGAGAUCAUGUAAUUGUUGAUGGUCUACAUGCAGAAGCACCAGAUGACUUGGUGCGAGAAGCUGCUUAUAAAAUCUUUCUUUAUCCCAAUGGUGGUCAGUUGAGAUGUUUAGAAGAAUUGCUCAGCAACAGAGAUCUUCUGGCAAAGUUAGUAGGGUAUUCUACAUAUUCACACAGAGCUCUCCAAGGAACAAUAGCUAAAAAUCCAGAGACUGUCAUGGAGUUCCUUGAGAAACUAUCUGACAAGCUUUCAGAAAGAACUAUAAAAGAUUUUGAGAUGAUGCGAGGAAUGAAAAUGAAACUAAAUCCUCAAAAUUCUGAAUUAAUGCCUUGGGAUCCCCCCUACUACAGUGGUGUGAUUCGUGCAGAAAGGUAUAAUAUUGAGCCCAGUUUAUAUUGCCCGUUUUUCUCCCUUGGAGCAUGCAUGGAAGGCCUUAAUAUUUUGUUUAGUAAACUGUUGGGGAUUUCAUUGUAUGCAGAGCAGCCUGCAAAAGGAGAGGUGUGGUGUGAAGAUGUUCGAAAACUGGCUGUGGUUCAUGAAUCUGAAGGAUUGUUGGGGUACAUUUACUGUGAUUUUUUUCAGCGAGCAGACAAGCCACAUCAGGAUUGCCAUUUUACAAUCCGUGGAGGAAGAUUAAAGGAAGAUGGAAACUAUCAACUCCCAGUUGUAGUUCUUAUGCUGAAUCUUCCCCAUUCCUCAAGAAAUUUACCAACUUUAUUAACUCCUGGAAUGAUGGAAAAUCUUUUCCAUGAAAUGGGACAUGCAAUGCAUUCUAUGCUGGGACGUACUCGUUACCAACAUGUCACUGGGACCAGAUGCCCCACUGAUUUUGCUGAGGUUCCUUCUAUUCUGAUGGAGUACUUUGCAAAUGACUAUCGAGUGGUUAACCAGUUUGCCAGACAUUAUCAAACGGGACAGUCAAUGCCCCACAAUAUGGUGUCUCGUCUUUGUGAGUCUAAAAAGGUUUGUGCUGCAGCUGAUAUGCAACUUCAGGUCUUCUAUGCCACUUUGGAUCAAAUCUACCAUGGGAAGCAUCCCCUGAGGAGGUCAACCACAGACAUUCUCAAGGAAACACAGGAGAAAUUUUAUGGCUUACCAUAUGUUCCAAACACUGCCUGGCAGCUGCGAUUCAGUCACCUUGUGGGCUAUGGUGCCAAAUAUUACUCUUACCUGAUGUCUAGGGCAGUAGCUUCCAUGGUUUGGAAGGAAUGUUUCCUACAGGAUCCUUUUAACAGGGCGAUGGGGGAGCGGUACCGAACGGAGAUGCUGGCCCACGGUGGGAGCAGGGAGCCCAUGCUCAUGGUGCAAGGCAUGCUUCAGAAGUGUCCUUCCGUUGAUGACUUUGUAAGUGCCCUUGUCUCCGACUUGGAUCUGGACUUCGAAACUUUCCUCAUGGAUUCUGAGUGACAGAAACACCUUGAAUCUUUUAAGUCAAGAUCAUGUAGAUAUUAACUUUGUUGUAAAUGCUACAGCUGCUAACACUUGUUUCUGAUUUCAGUAUUCAGUUCUGUAAUAAUUUAUGAAAAACCUUAAAUGUAUGGAACUUGGAAUAAAUAAUUGUUUUAAUUAA